GAGGCGGUGAAGUGCAUGCGGCACAGCCGGCGCACCACUCUCACCACCGCUGACAUCGCAGCCGCCCUCAGCCUGCGGAACGUCGAGCCGCUGUUUGGGCUGGCAGCGGCGGACAGUGUGCGGUUCCGGCGGGCAGUGGGGCACAGCGACAUCGUCUUCCUGCACGACCCCACGCUGCCGCUCUCCCAGGUGGUGGAGGCGGGGGUGCCGAGCGCCCCGGCGGACGUGAGUGUGGCGGCGCACUGGCUGGCCGUGCACGGCGUGCAGCCCGCCACGCCUGAAAACGCCCCGCCCGCAGGCAUGCCAGCAGCAGCAGUGAAGGGGGAGGCGGGGCGGGCAGCAGAGGGCGGCGCACAGCGAGCAGGGGGAGGGGCAGCAGGGGGGGCAGGCGGGGGGGAGGUGGUGGAGGUGAAGCUGCCCGUGAAGCACGUGCUGUCCAAGGAGCUACAGGUGCCGCCCUCGACCACCCUCCCUCCUCACAUGCAUCCCGCCUCCCUUUGCACGUCGACUCUAGUUACCAUCCCUUGGAUGCGGGGCUGCACGCGCUGCUGCCCUACUUGGUGCACUUCAUUGCUGACGAGGCCAGUCCCCCUGCACUGUGCUGCACUGCACUGUGCUGCACUGCACUGUGCUGCACUGCACUGUGCUGCACUGCACUGUGCUGCACUGCACUGUGCUGCACUGCACUGUGCUGCACUGCACUGUGCUGCACUGCACUGUGCUGCACUGCACUGUGCUGCACUGCACUGUGCUGCACUGCACUGUGCUGCACUGCACUGUGCUGCACUGCACUGUGCUGCACUGCACUGUGCUGCACUGCACUGUGCUGCACUGCACUGUGCUGCACUGCACUGUGCUGCACUGCACUGUGCUGCACUGCACUGUGCUGCACUGCACUGUGCUGCACUGCACUGUGCUGCACUGCACUGUGCUGCACUGCACUGUGCUGCACUGCACUGUGCUGCACUGCACUGUGCUGCACUGCACUGUGCUGCACUGCACUGUGCUGCACUGCACUGUGCUGCACUGCACUGUGCUGCACUGCACUGUGCUGCACUGCACUGUGCUGCACUGCACUGUGCUGCACUGCACUGUGCUGCACUGCACUGUGCUGCACUGCACUGUGCUGCACUGCACUGUGCUGCACUGCACUGUGCUGCACUGCACUGUGCUGCACUGCACUGUGCUGCACUGCACUGUGCUGCACUGCACUGUGCUGCACUGCACUGUGCUGCACUGCACUGUGCUGCACUGCACUGUGCUGCACUGCACUGUGCUGCACUGCACUGUGCUGCACUGCACUGUGCUGCACUGCACUGUGCUGCACUGCACUGUGCUGCACUGCACUGUGCUGCACUGCACUGUGCUGCACUGCACUGUGCUGCACUGCACUGUGCUGCACUGCACUGUGCUGCACUGCACUGUGCUGCACUGCACUGUGCUGCACUGCACUGUGCUGCACUGCACUGUGCUGCACUGCACUGUGCUGCACUGCACUGUGCUGCACUGCACUGUGCUGCACUGCACUGUGCUGCACUGCACUGUGCUGCACUGCACUGUGCUGCACUGCACUGUGCUGCACUGCACUGUGCUGCACUGCACUGUGCUGCACUGCACUGUGCUGCACUGCACUGUGCUGCACUGCACUGUGCUGCACUGCACUGUGCUGCACUGCACUGUGCUGCACUGCACUGUGCUGCACUGCACUGUGCUGCACUGCACUGUGCUGCACUGCACUGUGCUGCACUGCACUGUGCUGCACUGCACUGUGCUGCACUGCACUGUGCUGCACUGCACUGUGCUGCACUGCACUGUGCUGCACUGCACUGUGCUGCACUGCACUGUGCUGCACUGCACUGUGCUGCACUGCACUGUGCUGCACUGCACUGUGCUGCACUGCACUGUGCUGCACUGCACUGUGCUGCACUGCACUGUGCUGCACUGCACUGUGCUGCACUGCACUGUGCUGCACUGCACUGUGCUGCACUGCACUGUGCUGCACUGCACUGUGCUGCACUGCACUGUGCUGCACUGCACUGUGCUGCACUGCACUGUGCUGCACUGCACUGUGCUGCACUGCACUGUGCUGCACUGCACUGUGCUGCACUGCACUGUGCUGCACUGCACUGUGCUGCACUGCACUGUGCUGCACUGCACUGUGCUGCACUGCACUGUGCUGCACUGCACUGUGCUGCACUGCACUGUGCUGCACUGCACUGUGCUGCACUGCACUGUGCUGCACUGCACUGUGCUGCACUGCACUGUGCUGCACUGCACUGUGCUGCACUGCACUGUGCUGCACUGCACUGUGCUGCACUGCACUGUGCUGCACUGCACUGUGCUGCACUGCACUGUGCUGCACUGCACUGUGCUGCACUGCACUGUGCUGCACUGCACUGUGCUGCACUGCACUGUGCUGCACUGCACUGUGCUGCACUGCACUGUGCUGCACUGCACUGUGCUGCACUGCACUGUGCUGCACUGCACUGUGCUGCACUGCACUGUGCUGCACUGCACUGUGCUGCACUGCACUGUGCUGCACUGCACUGUGCUGCACUGCACUGUGCUGCACUGCACUGUGCUGCACUGCACUGUGCUGCACUGCACUGUGCUGCACUGCACUGUGCUGCACUGCACUGUGCUGCACUGCACUGUGCUGCACUGCACUGUGCUGCACUGCACUGUGCUGCACUGCACUGUGCUGCACUGCACUGUGCUGCACUGCACUGUGCUGCACUGCACUGUGCUGCACUGCACUGUGCUGCACUGCACUGUGCUGCACUGCACUGUGCUGCACUGCACUGUGCUGCACUGCACUGUGCUGCACUGCACUGUGCUGCACUGCACUGUGCUGCACUGCACUGUGCUGCACUGCACUGUGCUGCACUGCACUGUGCUGCACUGCACUGUGCUGCACUGCACUGUGCUGCACUGCACUGUGCUGCACUGCACUGUGCUGCACUGCACUGUGCUGCACUGCACUGUGCUGCACUGCACUGUGCUGCACUGCACUGUGCUGCACUGCACUGUGCUGCACUGCACUGUGCUGCACUGCACUGUGCUGCACUGCACUGUGCUGCACUGCACUGUGCUGCACUGCACUGUGCUGCACUGCACUGUGCUGCACUGCACUGUGCUGCACUGCACUGUGCUGCACUGCACUGUGCUGCACUGCACUGUGCUGCACUGCACUGUGCUGCACUGCACUGUGCUGCACUGCACUGUGCUGCACUGCACUGUGCUGCACUGCACUGUGCUGCACUGCACUGUGCUGCACUGCACUGUGCUGCACUGCACUGUGCUGCACUGCACUGUGCUGCACUGCACUGUGCUGCACUGCACUGUGCUGCACUGCACUGUGCUGCACUGCACUGUGCUGCACUGCACUGUGCUGCACUGCACUGUGCUGCACUGCACUGUGCUGCACUGCACUGUGCUGCACUGCACUGUGCUGCACUGCACUGUGCUGCACUGCACUGUGCUGCACUGCACUGUGCUGCACUGCACUGUGCUGCACUGCACUGUGCUGCACUGCACUGUGCUGCACUGCACUGUGCUGCACUGCACUGUGCUGCACUGCACUGUGCUGCACUGCACUGUGCUGCACUGCACUGUGCUGCACUGCACUGUGCUGCACUGCACUGUGCUGCACUGCACUGUGCUGCACUGCACUGUGCUGCACUGCACUGUGCUGCACUGCACUGUGCUGCACUGCACUGUGCUGCACUGCACUGUGCUGCACUGCACUGUGCUGCACUGCACUGUGCUGCACUGCACUGUGCUGCACUGCACUGUGCUGCACUGCACUGUGCUGCACUGCACUGUGCUGCACUGCACUGUGCUGCACUGCACUGUGCUGCACUGCACUGUGCUGCACUGCACUGUGCUGCACUGCACUGUGCUGCACUGCACUGUGCUGCACUGCACUGUGCUGCACUGCACUGUGCUGCACUGCACUGUGCUGCACUGCACUGUGCUGCACUGCACUGUGCUGCACUGCACUGUGCUGCACUGCACUGUGCUGCACUGCACUGUGCUGCACUGCACUGUGCUGCACUGCACUGUGCUGCACUGCACUGUGCUGCACUGCACUGUGCUGCACUGCACUGUGCUGCACUGCACUGUGCUGCACUGCACUGUGCUGCACUGCACUGUGCUGCACUGCACUGUGCUGCACUGCACUGUGCUGCACUGCACUGUGCUGCACUGCACUGUGCUGCACUGCACUGUGCUGCACUGCACUGUGCUGCACUGCACUGUGCUGCACUGCACUGUGCUGCACUGCACUGUGCUGCACUGCACUGUGCUGCACUGCACUGUGCUGCACUGCACUGUGCUGCACUGCACUGUGCUGCACUGCACUGUGCUGCACUGCACUGUGCUGCACUGCACUGUGCUGCACUGCACUGUGCUGCACUGCACUGUGCUGCACUGCACUGUGCUGCACUGCACUGUGCUGCACUGCACUGUGCUGCACUGCACUGUGCUGCACUGCACUGUGCUGCACUGCACUGUGCUGCACUGCACUGUGCUGCACUGCACUGUGCUGCACUGCACUGUGCUGCACUGCACUGUGCUGCACUGCACUGUGCUGCACUGCACUGUGCUGCACUGCACUGUGCUGCACUGCACUGUGCUGCACUGCACUGUGCUGCACUGCACUGUGCUGCACUGCACUGUGCUGCACUGCACUGUGCUGCACUGCACUGUGCUGCACUGCACUGUGCUGCACUGCACUGUGCUGCACUGCACUGUGCUGCACUGCACUGUGCUGCACUGCACUGUGCUGCACUGCACUGUGCUGCACUGCACUGUGCUGCACUGCACUGUGCUGCACUGCACUGUGCUGCACUGCACUGUGCUGCACUGCACUGUGCUGCACUGCACUGUGCUGCACUGCACUGUGCUGCACUGCACUGUGCUGCACUGCACUGUGCUGCACUGCACUGUGCUGCACUGCACUGUGCUGCACUGCACUGUGCUGCACUGCACUGUGCUGCACUGCACUGUGCUGCACUGCACUGUGCUGCACUGCACUGUGCUGCACUGCACUGUGCUGCACUGCACUGUGCUGCACUGCACUGUGCUGCACUGCACUGUGCUGCACUGCACUGUGCUGCACUGCACUGUGCUGCACUGCACUGUGCUGCACUGCACUGUGCUGCACUGCACUGUGCUGCACUGCACUGUGCUGCACUGCACUGUGCUGCACUGCACUGUGCUGCACUGCACUGUGCUGCACUGCACUGUGCUGCACUGCACUGUGCUGCACUGCACUGUGCUGCACUGCACUGUGCUGCACUGCACUGUGCUGCACUGCACUGUGCUGCACUGCACUGUGCUGCACUGCACUGUGCUGCACUGCACUGUGCUGCACUGCACUGUGCUGCACUGCACUGUGCUGCACUGCACUGUGCUGCACUGCACUGUGCUGCACUGCACUGUGCUGCACUGCACUGUGCUGCACUGCACUGUGCUGCACUGCACUGUGCUGCACUGCACUGUGCUGCACUGCACUGUGCUGCACUGCACUGUGCUGCACUGCACUGUGCUGCACUGCACUGUGCUGCACUGCACUGUGCUGCACUGCACUGUGCUGCACUGCACUGUGCUGCACUGCACUGUGCUGCACUGCACUGUGCUGCACUGCACUGUGCUGCACUGCACUGUGCUGCACUGCACUGUGCUGCACUGCACUGUGCUGCACUGCACUGUGCUGCACUGCACUGUGCUGCACUGCACUGUGCUGCACUGCACUGUGCUGCACUGCACUGUGCUGCACUGCACUGUGCUGCACUGCACUGUGCUGCACUGCACUGUGCUGCACUGCACUGUGCUGCACUGCACUGUGCUGCACUGCACUGUGCUGCACUGCACUGUGCUGCACUGCACUGUGCUGCACUGCACUGUGCUGCACUGCACUGUGCUGCACUGCACUGUGCUGCACUGCACUGUGCUGCACUGCACUGUGCUGCACUGCACUGUGCUGCACUGCACUGUGCUGCACUGCACUGUGCUGCACUGCACUGUGCUGCACUUCCCUCGCCUUAA